AAGAAAAAAAGAAGAAGAAAAAAGAGGGCGCCUCUUGUGUACGCACGCGCACACGAGGCAGGGAGGGGGAGGAGACAGCGAUUUUUAUGACAGUGAGAGCAUGGCGAUAAUAUGGAAAGCGCUAUUUGAGCUGGAAAAGUAGGUUCCCUUGGACCCUCUGGUUGGGAUCGGCGAACCAAUCCAACGAUUGAACCCACUCCAGCAAUACCCACCCACCACCUCCACCUCCAUUUUCAGACCCAGCGUGACUCCAGGCAGAAGAGACAAGAUAGCACCAGAAAGAUUUUCGGGAGACCAAAUUCAGCUCAUCACCAAGACCCCUUUGUUGUCUUUUAGCUCUGCGAUUUGCGUCCCUGUCUUCACGAUGGCCGCCUCGAUCCUUCUCCUUUACAUGACGGCUUUUUCUUUGCUACAGUAUGCAUCAUCCUCGUCUUUGUGUCAUCGCGACUCUGCUUUAUUUCUUUAUACUCUUAAAUCCCAAUGCCCUCUGUUGAUCUCGCCAAAUCCUCCUCUUCAGGUAGACGGGAGUUAUGUAGAAGGCAUUUUGCCUGGAAAGCAGAGCAUCGGAUAUAUUUCUGUACUUUUUUAUGCUUCUUGGUGCCCAUUUUCGCAGAAUGUGCUUCCUAAAAUUGAAACUCUUAGUUCCAUAUAUCCUCAAGUGGAGCAUUUGGUAGUUGAGCAGUCAUUGACCUUGCCAAGUGUAUUUUCAAGAUAUGGAAUCCAUAGCAUGCCAGCUAUAUUACUGGUGAAUCAAACAUCAAUGAUUAGAUAUCAUGGUCCAAAAGAUCUUCUCUCCCUCAUACAAUUUUAUGAGAGAAACACAGGAUUUCAACCAAAUCAGUACUAUGAGACGACCAAGAGAACAGCUUGAGUAGUGAGAAAAAAUCAACUAUGAAGUCGCCGAUCAGUUCGUCACCAAAGAAAUAUAUAGCAGGGAACCCUACCUG